AUGGACAGGGGGAUGAUUGCAGCAUCAGCACUAUUGCAGACGCUGUACCAGACUGCUGAGGUGAAGAGGGAGCUGAGCCGAAAGAUUGAUCUAUGCCUGAGUGGAGUGAAUGGAGAAGAGGAGGAGAGCAGAGAUGAUGAAGAUUUCUCAAACAUGGUUGCUGCUGUUGGCUCUGGCCCAAAUCUACACGGCCUCUUCAGUCAAAUGUUGUCAACAGCUCAGAACCCAGCUGCUCUCAGUUACCGCACACGUCCAGUGAACAUCAAAGUGGCUGUGGGAGAACCUGCAGUGUUUCGCUGUGGAGUCCCUGAAACUUCUCCAAACCUCACAUUCACGCUCUCUGGGAGUCAUGGCAACCAUAAGCUCACCUGCCCACAGGGCCACAUAGAGGAUAUCCCAGAGGCUCUCUAUGGAAGCUGUGAAAUAAAGAAAGGCGAGUCUUUGGCUGUUUGGACCAUAAAGGGAACUUCUUUCUCCGACAAUGGCACACGAGUCGAAUGUCAGCAGUUAAACAAUCCUGAAAAACGUUCUGCUGUUCUGCACGUUUACGAUAACGGCAUAAAUCGGGCUGUUCUCAUUGGCUGUGUCAUCGGUGGAUUUUUCGGCAUGCUGUUGGUGGCUGCUUUAGCAUUUAUCACUCUACAGAGAUCUGAGACCGCCCAGAGGUGCUUCAGGGGGACAGCAGGAGAAGAUGAUACAACAACAAUCGUAACAAAGGGUUAACAGCUGAGGAAUCGCUUGUUUUAAACGCAUGCCAAGUUUUGCAUAAUUUAC